CAGACUUCUGGUUCCUGCUCUUGAGGAAUCUCACCCACAAGGAUGUGGGCUCAACUCCUUCUAGGAAUAGUGACCCUAUCACCAGCCAUUGCAGAGAAACAUCUCCCAAACUACCUGGUGACAGUACCAGCCCAGCUUAACUUCCCCUCUACCCAGAAAGUUUGUUUGGAUCUGAGCCCCGGGUCCCAUGAUGUAAAAUUCACUAUUACUCUGGAGACGAAGGACAAGACCCAGAAGUUGCUAGAAACCUCUGGAUCGAAGAAGAGGCACUUACAGUGCAUCUCCUUUCUGGUACCACCUCCUGCUGGUGGCACAGAAGUGGCUACAGUCUGGGUGUCAGUGACUGGAAAUAAUAGCUUUGAGGAGAAGAAAAAGGUUCUAAUUCAGAGACAGGGGAAUGGCGUCAUUAUACAAACUGACAAACCUAUCUACAACCCAGGGCAGGAAGUGCACUUCCGCAUUGUCACCCUGAACAGCAGCUUUGUCCCGGUGAAUGACAAGUACUCCACGGUGGGGCUGCAGGAUCCAAAUAACAACAGGAUUGCACAGUGGCUGGAAGUGGUGCCUGAGCAAGGCAUUGUAGACCUAUCCUUCCAGCUGGCUCCAGAGGCAACACUGGGAACCUAUACAGUAGCAGUGGCCGGGGGCACGACCUUUGGCACCUUCAGUGUGGAAGAAUAUGUGUUGCCUAAGUUCAAGGUGGACGUGGUGGAACCCAAGCAGUUAUCAACAGUGGAGGAAUCCUUCUUAGUGAAAGUCUGUUGUAGGUACACCUAUGGAAAGCCCAUGCUAGGGGCAGCACAGGUAUCAGUGUGUCAAAAGGCAUAUAGUUACCAUUUUCCAGAAGGAGAACGGGAACAGCUACCUGACAAGUGCAGGAACCUUUCUGGACAGACUGACAAAGCAGGAUGCUUCUCUGCUUCUGUGGACAUGUCCACCUUCAACCUCACUGGUUACAUGUACAGCCGCACCAUCAAUAUUGUGGCUACUGUGAUGGAGGAAGGAACAGGUGUAGAGGCCAAUACCACUCAGGAUAUCGACAUUUCUUCACAAGUAGGAUCGAUAACCUUUGAAGACACCAAAAAUUUUUAUUACCCCAAUUUCCCCUUCAGUGGGAAGAUAAGAGUUAGGGGCCAUGAUGGCUCCUUUCUCAAGAAUCAUUCAGUAUUUCUGGUGAUUUACGGCAUAAAUGGAACCAUCAACCAGACUCUAACUACUGACAACGAUGGCCUUGCUCCCUUUAAGCUGGAUACAGUUAAUUGGAAUGGGAGAGAUAUUUCUCUGGAGGGCAGAUUCCAAAUGGAAGAUUCGGUAUAUAAUCCAGGACAGAGGCCUCGUUACUACAGCAAUGGCUAUCUGCACCUGCAGUCCUUCUACAACACAACUCGGAGCUUCCUUGGUAUCCAGCCACUACAUGGAAUCUUGGCGUGUGGCAAGCCCCAGGAAGUGCUGGUGGAUUAUUACAUUGAUCCAGCGGAUGCAAACCCUGACCAGGAAGUCAUCUUCUCCUACUAUUUAAUAGGGAAAGGGCAUUUGGAGAUGGAGGGACAGAAGCACCUGAACUUUGAGAAGGAAGGAACUAAAGGCUCCUUUUCCCUCUCACUGACCUUCACUUCCAGACUAGCCCCUGAUCCUUCCCUGGUGGUCUAUGCCAUUUUUCCGAGCGGAGGCAUUAUAGCUGACAAAGUUCAGUUCUCAGUGGAAAUGUGUUUUGACAAUCAGGUUUCCCUUGGCUUCUCACCUUCCCAGCAGCUUCCAGGAGCAAAUGUGGAACUACAGCUACAGGCAGCUCCUGGGUCCCUGUGUGCAGUCCGGGCUGUGGAUGAGAGUGUCUUACUACUUAGGCCAGAGACAGAGCUGAGCAACCAUUCCGUCUAUAGGAUGUUCUCAGUCUGGUAUGGUCAUUACCCUUAUCAGGUGGCUGAAUAUGAUGAGUGUCCAAUGUCUGGCUCCUGGGACACUCCUCAGCCCCUCUCAAUUAUGUGGAGGCCUUGGUUCUCUGAAGACAUGGACCUCUUCCAUUUUUUCCAGGGCAUGGGCCUGAAAAUACUGUCCAAUGCCAAAAUUAAGAAGCCAGUAGAUUGCAGUCACCAGUCUCUAAGAUACAGCACUGCAAUGGCUGGAGUACAUUAUGGCGCUGUUGACAUGGGAUCUGAGUCAUCAUCGUCUUCGUCACUUCAGUCAAAGGACCCUCAGGUCCGCCAGUACUUCCCGGAGACUUGGCUCUGGGAUCUGUUUCCUAUUGGUUACUCCGGGAAGGAGGCUGUCCAUGUCACGGUUCCUGAUACCAUCACCGAGUGGAAGGCCAUGACUUUUUGUACCUCCCAGUCCAGCGGCUUUGGUCUUUCACCUACUGUAGGACUGACUGCUUUCAAACCAUUCUUUGUUGAACUGACUCUCCCUUACUCAGUAGUUCGCAGGGAAUCCUUUCGCCUUACUGCCACCAUCUUCAAUUAUCUGAAGGACUGCAUCAGGGUUCAGACUAACCUGGGUACAUCAGAUAAGUACCAGGUGGAAUCGUGGGCAGAUUCUCAGGGCUCCAGCUGUCUCUGUGCUGAUGAAGCAAAAAGCUAUCACUGGAACAUCACCGCUGUCAAAUUGGGUCUUGUGAACUUUACUGUCACUACUACGAUUCUGGACAGCAAUGAACUCUGUGGGGGGCAGAAGGGGUUCCUUCCAGCAGAGGGCCAGAGUGACACACUCAUCAAACCAGUUCUGGUCAAGCCUGAGGGAGUCCUUGUGGAGAAGACAUACAGCUCAUUGCUUUGCCCAAAAGGACAAGUGGCUUCAGAAUCCAUCUCCCUGGAGCUCCCUGUGGAUGUUGUUCCUGACUCAAGCAAGGCUUAUGUUAUGGUUCUGGGAGACAUUAUGGGCACAGCCCUACAGAACCUAGACAAUCUGGUACAGAUGCCAAGCGGUUGUGGGGAGCAGAACAUGGUCUUGUUUGCUCCCAUAAUCUACGUCUUGCAGUAUCUGGGGAAGGCAAGGCUGCUGACUGAAGAAAUCAGGUCUCGGGCAGUGGGUUUCCUGAAGCUAGGGUACCAGAAGGAGCUAAUGUACAAACACAGCAAUGGCUCAUACAGUGCCUUUGGGGAGCAGGAUGGAGAUGGAAACACAUGGCUGACAGCGUUUGUCACCAAAUGCUUUGGCCAAGCUCAAGAAUUCAUCUUCAUUGAUGACAAUAAUAUCCAGGACGCUCUCAAGUGGAUGGCAGGAAACCAGCUCCCCAGCGGUUGCUACGCCAACGUGGGAAGGCUCAUUCACACAGCUAUGAAGGGCGGCGUUGAUGAUGAGACUUCCCAUGCGUACAUCACAGCUGCAUUGCUGGAGAUGGGAAGGACCACACAUGACCCGAUGGUGAGUCAGGGUCUGCAGUGCCUCAGGGGCUCGGUUCCCUCCACCACCAUCUACACACAGGCCCUCCUGGCUUAUACUUUCUCUCUGGCUGGGGAGAUGGACGUCAGAAACACUCUUCUUGAAAAGUUAGACCAGCAGGCUAUCAGCUCAGGAGAGUCCAUUCACUGGAGCUCAAAGCCUAGUCCAUCACUGGAUGGCAGACCUUGGUCUCAGCCUGAGGCUGUAGAUGUGGAACUUACAGCAUAUGUAUUACUGGCCCAGCUUAGCAAAGCCAGCCUGACUCAAAAGGAGAUCGCCAAGGCCACUGCCAUAGUGGCUUGGUUGGCCAAGCAACGUAAUGCAUAUGGGGGCUUCUCUUCUACUCAGGAUACUGUGGUUGCCCUCCAAGCUCUUGCCAAAUACGCCGCUACUGCCUAUGUGUCAUCUGAGGAAGUCAACCUGGCUUUAAAAUCCGCUGAGGAUUUCCAGCACACUUUCCACGUUCAGGCUGCCAACCGGUUGGUACUUCAGCGGGAGACCCUGCCCAAUGUCCCUGGGGUGUACACCUUGGAGGCCUCAGGCCAGGGCUGCGUCUAUGUGCAGACGGUGCUGAAAUACCAUAUUCCCCCUCCUAAAUUUGCGGACACCUUUAGUCUUAGUGUGGAAGUGGGAAAAGCUAGAUGUGAGCAAGGUACUUCACCUCGAUCCUUGACGCUCACUGUCCAUACCAGUUAUGUGGGGAGUCGCAGCUCUUCCAAUAUGGCCAUUGUAGAAGUGAAGAUGCUUUCCGGGUUCGGUCCCAUGGAGGGCACCAGUCAGUUUCUUCUCCAGCAACGUCUGGUGAAGAAGGUCGAAUCUGGAACUGACAUACUGAACAUCUACUUGGAAGAGCUGAGUAAGAAGACUCAGACCUAUACCUUCACCAUCAGCCAAAGUGUGUUGGUCACUAACCUGAAACGAGCAACCAUCACGGUCUAUGACUACUACCUCCAGAUGAACGGGCAACAAUUCAGUACUCUGACCCCUGUGAAUGAGGUAAAGGAUAGAAGUUGGAAAGAGACUAAUUUAAAUCCUCUGUGACAUCACCGGACAGCAUUCUUCUGCCUCUUAAAGCAAAACGCAUUCAAUCGAAUAAUGUGAUUUGUCUGACUGACUAGUGAGUGAGUAACAGAUAAGCAGGCUUGAACCUCAGCUACUUUCUACUGCGUCACAGGUGCACAGAUGCGGGAACAAAGGGCUGUGGAUGGGGUAGGAAUAAUCACACAAAGAAGGAAUUACAUGGAAAAGACAACCGGAGAGGGGAUGUGGUUUAGCCAUGUGCGGGACUCUCCAGAGAGGGUGAUCCAGGGACGAGAAAAAUGUCUUCCUGGAGGUUAAAUCUAAGGGAAGGUGUAAUUCAGGGCUUUGGGAAUAGAUUUUAAAAAAAUUUUUUUCUUUGAAAAAAAAAUCUGUGUCCUUGGCUCUGUGCAUAUUUCUGUAGAAACCAGGGGUUCUGUUUAAAGAUGGUGAUCAUCCUUUAACCCAAACUGAUAUUUUGGCUUCUUCAUUAAAGCUUUUGACCCAGACACGUCGGAGAGUCGUACUGCAGAUUCAGGGAGGGGUCAGAGUAGAGAACCCUAAUUAAGGGACUGACUGUGUUCGGCCCUCCAGCACUGCAGGGCCAAACAGUGAUUGAUAACAAGAAGAGUGGCUUACCAGGAUUCCCCAUCUCUGCCUUUCUC